AUAAAGAACGAAAAACUUUACAAAUAGGAGAUAUAGUUCUGACUGUUAUUAAACCGGAUCCCAAAUUCCCCAGCCGAGGUGUUGAAAUUGAAGAAGAGUUUGCCGCUAAUAUUGACUCUGACCUGAUGUAUCAAGGACACCCGCGACAAAUAAUCAAACCAGAUUUUGCUCAAAUAAAAAAUUUCAAAAUUGUGCCGGCUGGUCGGAUACUCCAUGGUGCCGGCAGCCAAAAUAAGGUUACUUAUUUUAAUUGCUAUGUCAUGCCUUAUAUUCCCGACUCACGUAAGGGAAUUUCCCGCCACCGGGAAGAAGUAAUGGAAAUUAUGUCCCGAGGAGGUGGUGUUGGCAGUAAUGGAAGCGCUUUGCGACCCAAAGGGGCACUGGUUCAAAGUGUAGGAG